GUACUUCAACAAUUCCAACUUCAUCAGUAUUAACUACUUCAUUAGCACCAACUGCUCUAACAGUUACAACUACUUCAUCAGCAUUAGCUACUUCUUUAUCAGUACCAGCUACAGUGUCAACUACUUCAACAGCACAACAAGUUACAAGUAGCUCCAUCAUAAGCAGUACUACAGAUACUCCUACCAUCAGUAGUUCUACUUCUAUUCGUACCUCUAGAUUAACUAGUACAAUAGUGACAGGUACUUCAACUGCUACACCCUCAUCAGUUCUAGUACCUUCUUCCAUAACUUCUUCAUCCAUUGCUCUUUCAUCUCUAUCUUCAUUAUCCCCAACUUUUAUAUCUUCAUCUCUAUCUUUUUUGUCCAAAACUUCUUCUUUAUCCCCAAUGCCUUCCUCCAUGACUCCUCCUUUGUCUUCAUCGUCUUCAUUUUUAACUUUGUCAUCAGUAACAUCUAUAACUUCAUCUCCAACUUCUUCAUUGACAGCUCCUUCAUCCAUAUCUUCUUCAUCAUCAAUCAUUCAACUGGUUUCUGGGAUAUCAAUUACACUACUAGUUAUAAUAAUUGUUGUUAUAGUAAUUGUAGUGGUAGCAGCAACAGUUCAAUUUAAAAAGAAAAGAGGAAGAAUGGAAGUGAAUGACGUUACAAUACUAAAGAAGAAUGAAAAUAAUAGUCAAAGUACUGUAAUUUAUUUAUUCAUUUAUAAACAAGGUUUACCUAUAGGUUCACAAGAGCAAGAACUAUCAUCAGUUAAUCCACAGUAUGAGAAUGUACAUCUACCAGUUCCACAAUCAGAGCUAUCAAUGGAAGAAUGUGCUGCUUAUGGUGUAGUGGAAGGAACUGGAUUCCCACAGUAUGAGACUGUAGAUCUACCAGCUCCACAGUCAGAGGGAGACUAUGAAGUACCAGUAAAAGAAUGUGCUGCUUGUGGUGUAGUAGAGAGUGCUGGAUUCCCACAGUAUGAGACUGUAACAUUAACAGUUCCUCAGUCGGAACUAUCAAUGGAAGAGUGUGCUGCUUAUGAUGUAGUAGAGGGUAAUAGACUUUAGAGUUAGUGUGAGUGUACUGGACUACACUUGCAUGGUAAAUUUUAACAAUUAAAAAUUUUCAUUCAAAAAAUUUAAUACCAUUGUAAACAUUACUAUAUAUGGUUAGUUUCCACAUAGAAUAGUAAUA